AAAUAUAAAUUAGAAUAAUUUUCUCCUGCAUAAGGAUGGUAAAAGAAAUUUUGGCCAGAUGCACUUAAAAAGAGAAAGCUGAAACCACAAACAACUAAUUCAAAAAAGGCUGUUUCACCAAGGAUUAUGUUUUUGCCUCUGAAUCAGCUUAUGUCAGAACUUUAAACUUGUGGUUAUCAAACCAUCUAAACUGGUAUUUUUUAACACAAUCAAAACAGUGACACUCUAAUCUUUAUGAUUUUUACAAAAUUUUAGAAUGAAGAACACAGAACUCAAACUGUACUACACUUACUACAGGAAAAUCCAGUCCAGGUUUGAGAAAUCUUAAGAAUGCUAGAUUUUUUAAAUGGAGCUGAAAUAAUCUGAUCCAGAAGCCAAAACAAGGGUGAAAUAGACUUUUACUGCAGUGCUGAAUAAGAAUCCAACUUCAACAAUGUGCUCAUUUAUGAUUUGUGGACAUAAAUAUGGUAAAAUGGCAAUCUGCAUUCAAAAAUCCAGAAUGUUAUAAAAACGGCUAAAAAAGAAAUUGGUUUCUGGAAAAGUUUGAAAUUAGAAACACUUGAUGUCAUGUUUCUGUCUCCAAUUUUAUAUGUAGAUAUAGAAGUAUUUAGAAGAGAUAUGUAUCCAUGUUGACAAUUUACACAAGGGAUUUGUUUGUAUAUUCAGGAUCUUUUGCAAUGAUAUUAACAUAAAUCAGUAUUUAUUUAGGAUUGCAGCAAAUAGUAGGAUCAGUAACUGCCUGCAAACCGCUAGCCUGGUUUAAGUAUAGUUAUAUUGAGCCUGUUUUUUCUUUUCCUUUUUUUUACUUAACUGUAAUAUAUAUUGUAAAAGGCUGGCGUUCAGUUUGAACUCACUAUACCAACUGUGUCCCUGUGGAUUGUUGUCACAUCAACAUCUUUAAACAAACUUUGGUAUCUGGACCACCAAAUCCUAAAUAUCAUGAAGACACAGUUUACAAAACCAAAGCAUUGUUAUUGCUAAAGGACAAAUAGUGGACAAUGUAGUAUCACAUUGAUAUGAUUUUUUUUGUAUAGUUUGUCAACCUGUUUUUCAUAUCAUGUAUUCAAUUUUUUCCAACUUUGGCUAGUUUCCGCUUUUUUCACUAUACUUGUGUUUGCUCAAAAUGCAACCGCCUGUGGACAGUCGAGGAUGUGCAGUCCAUUUCUGUCCCUGGACAGUGGGUGGGAAAAUAUAAGUUUGCAGCGUCCUUUAGUGGAGGACCAAGGAGGGGGAAUUAAAUGGACAGUGGCAUACCUGGGGAGGUAACUGAGGAUGAGCUGUUCAAUAGACUUCAGCAAAUCAAAGACGGUCCAGAGCAGCCGCAGAAUAACAACCCAAGCACAGAAAAUACAGAGGAUCCCGUUGAAACUCCAGAGAGCUCUGAGGACUCCCAAGGUGGGGAUAGCUUGCUAGACUGGCUCAACACAGUGAGACGAACCGGCAACACAACUAGAACUGGACACCGCGGAAACCAGUCGUGGCGAGCUGUGAGCCAGACCAACCCAAACAGUGGUGACUUUCGCUUUAGCUUGGAGAUCAGUGUGAACCGCAACCUGGCCGAACAGCAGGCCGCUGCUGAAGGAGAACAGGGGCCUUCAGAGCAGCCUCCAGCGGGCCAAGAGGAAGAAGAGGUUGCAGAUCCUGAACCACAGGUUCCUAUGGAAACGGAGGUUGUGGAAGAACCAGUCGUUGAAGAGUUAGCUGUCAUUGUUGAGCCAGAACCUGAAGAAACACCUGAAGAAGAGGUUGCGUCACAAGAAGUUGUCGAGGAACCUCCCAGUCCACCCCCACCUCCACCUCCAGCUCCAGUUGUAGCAGAAGCUUCACCAGAGCAACCCCCACCUUGUUCUUCUCCACGAAGGGGACAAAGGAGACCCCGCAGCCGUAGCCCAGAACCACGCAGGACCAGAGCCCGCUUAGCCAGAAGCCGCUCACCUCUCCGUUUGGAUCAGCUAGAUGGCAUACCCGGUCCGCGACACACCUACGGCUCUCAGAGCCCCAGUUCUUCCACUGACACACCUCCAGUGCCUCAAGUGGAGGGCAGUUCUCGGACUCGACAACAUAUUCUCUCCAGGCAAAGCCCAGCAGACGACAAUGUUCAUCCACCCAGUGUCGAAGCAGAAUCAAUCCCGGAGGCCCAGAAUGUCAGACCUCAGGAAGGAGAACCCAAUGGGAAUGAAGGAGGCUCGGCCGAGCGCCGUCCCCCGACUAUAAUGCUCGACCUUCAGGUGCGUCGUGUGCGUCCAGGCGAAUAUCGGCAAAGAGACAGCAUCGCCAGCCGCACCCGGUCACGCUCGCAGAACUCCAACAACACUUUUCUCUAUGAGAGUGAGCGAGGGGGUUUUCGCAGGACCUUCUCGCGCUCCGAGCGUGCCGGAGUGAGGACCUAUGUCAGCACCAUUCGAAUCCCCAUUCGUAGGAUCUCCGACGCAGGGUUAGGAGAGGCAACGUCGAUGGCUCUCCAAUCUAUGAUAAGGCAGAUUAUGACGGGCUUCGGCGAGCUAGGCUACCUCAUGGAUUCCGACUCAGAUUCUUCAGAUUCCAACCGCGGUACCGGGACACCCGCAGAUACGGAAUCCCUCACCAAUCCAGAUGCUAGUAACGCUGACGCAUCUGCUGCUGAUGAGCAACCAUCGGUUGCUGCUGCUGCUGCUGCUGGAGCCAGAGAGAGGACAGUUGAGACAGAUGUGGAUGAGGGUCUUACUACUGGCCCACAGGCUUCUGGUGGAAGGGCUCGACUUAGACCCCCCAUCAACCUAGAGGAGCCCAGCUCACUGCCUUUCCUACGACUUGCUCACUUCUUCCUCCUGAAUGACGACGAUGAUGACCAGCCUCAGGGGCUGACCAAAGAACAGAUUGAUAACCUCUCCAUGCGCAACUUCGGUGAGAGCGACGCCUUGAAAACCUGUAGCGUCUGUAUAACGGAGUACGCCGAGGGGAACAAGUUACGCAAGCUUCCCUGCUCUCAUGAGUACCACGUGCACUGCAUAGACCGCUGGCUCUCUGAGAACUCCACCUGCCCCAUCUGUCGCAGGGCUGUCCUGGUUUCAGCCAACCGAGAGAGCGUGAUCUAACUCUUAACAGACUCCAACCUUUUCAAUAUUUCAAACUAAUUACACAUCCAAGUCAUGUAAGAUGCUUUGAAGAAAUGUCUCCACUAUUGAAAAUUAUUUUUUUCUCAUAAUUUGUGAGUUUGAUCAUUAUGUUACAGGUUUCAUUUGAGGUGCUCAGUCUCUUGACAGGCAUUCAGACUCUUAAGUUGACAUUUGCUAUUGUUGUCCAGAGCUGAGCAAAAGCAGUGCAUGCUGUUGAUCAACCUGUUGUUUCCAUGCAGUGAUGCACCAAGUUAUGUACACAAGCAGACCUAUAAUCUUAUAUUGAACCCUUUGAUUAUAAAUGCUGGUGCACACCUCCAGGUAGUUCAAACACUUCAGAUAUCUUCUUUUGGUAUGAAUCUUAAUUAGCACCUCAAGCACAAUUCUUAGUUGCAGCAGUUUGAAAGUAUUAGCUGUAAAUAGGCUUGUAAAAAAAUAAUUUUGACUCUUUGUAUCAGUGAAAUGGUUUAGGACUGUAAAUUAUAGGAUCGGAGUCAUUUCGGUUACACUUAAAGCAGUUUCAAGAUGGGGAGAGAAUGAGCUUGCAUAGCAGACAUAUGUUCACAUGAGUUGGUCUGCCGGUGACGGUGUAACUUGUGCUCCUUUUUGUUCACAUGACCAAAUCAAGACCCUUCUCUGGAGUUCCAUUUGCCAAUACUCUGCUAGGUUGUUUAAAACAAAAAUUAAAAAGAAAUGUUGCUCUGGCAUAAAGGAAAAUAUUUGGCAUCCUGCAGUGUUUUUUUAAACAGAAUAAAUAUCAGAAAUGGGGAUCUGCCUGCAUUGGCUUCAGGUAAAUUUUGCCCCUUUUGACAAUUUGUACCCACAUUUUCCGCCUACAUGUUGCCAUUUUGUCUUUUACCAUUUACAUUUCAUACCUGUAAACAAUACAUUUCUCACACUUGUCCUUAGCAUUGCAUAUCAUUUUUUUGUUAGAUCAAAUAAAUUAUGCAAAUUAUGGAAAUUUCAUAUUUUUCCAUAUUUUAUGAAAACUUUAUUAUAUCCAGUUUACAAUGUUAUAGGUUAUCAGCCCAGUUUUAGCCAGUUAAACCUCAUGAAAUAUGAUGGAAUUAUAAAACUUGAUCAGAGUAAAGCAACUCUUAAGCAACAACUUGCUGGUAAAUAUCAUUUAUUGGAGUCAUAAAACUAUUUCCUUCCAGCAGAGGAAGUAGAUUAUGAAAAAUUACUUUUAAGUGGAAGUUGGGGACAGAAUUUUUUUAAAAAAGAAAUGUUGACAAGGCUGUUGAAACAUCUGGAUGCAAAUGGGCAAAAUGAUCAGGAAAUGUUAUUAUGGUCAGGAAAUUUAAUUUUGUAGGCGAGUUCUUAUUUCAUAAUAGACUUAAAAUUGAAGUUUAAAGUUGUCUCUCUUCCACUAUUUAUUUCUCAUGUACAGUGAUUCAUUCCCCUUCUUUCACCAGCAGUAAAGGUCUGAUAACGAGCUCAUCAUAAUUCUCUCGUACUGGGUUAGUCAUAUAUUCAGAAACUGGCUUUAAUCGGAAAUGAUUUUAACCUUAUCUCAAGCCAGAGUUUGUCUCUAAAGGGUAGGUCCAUCAUAUUCUACAAGUUGCUCAAUAUUUAUUAAACAAUGGCUUAGACUUUCAAACAUUGACAGAAAAUUCAAAUUUCAAUAGAAAAUCAAGAAGUUACCCAACUGCUUUAUGAGCAAAUCUUCCCAAGUGGUGUGCAAUAUUUGCAAAAUGUACAAGUAUAGUAAAACAAACCAUGAUUUAAAUGUGUACUAUUGUUAAAAACUGUUUAAAUCCUAAAUGAAGACUUAUAACCCUUUACAGUAUGUGUUGAAGUUGAUUUUAUUUAGAAGCUAUGUAGGUUUUAAUAAUUAAUAAACAGGAACAUUGACCAGUAAAGGAGCUGAAGGGCAUCACUUAUUGCCAUCCUGUUUCUUGUUUCACUGUUUGAUGUCUUAGCCACAAUUAUUACCUCCCCUCUGCGGGACACAAAUAUUUGAAUGCAAGAUGUUGAAUAGCAUUAACGUGUAAAAAAAAAAUUAACUGUGUGUUUCCUUUAAAGGGGCCGAGCUUCGGUUUGGCCUCGUUCUGUGACCUACCCAGUGCAGGAUGUUAACUGGGUGUUUUAAUGAAACUAACCGCUGAAUUAAAUGAGUUGAUAUGCUAUAAAACAAUACAUCAGA